UGCGGUAUAGGAUUAUUAAAGUACUAUUAGGUAUAGGUCUGGUUACUCGUGCGUAAAUCAGGAGUUUUCCUCGUGCAUUUACUGAACUGAAUUGGUCAUUCGACGCUCAGACGGGAUAGAGAAAACAUUGCAAAAUUGUCAAAUCUCGAGUUUUUUCUUAAUCUUUGGUAUUCACUUCGGGAAGAUGUCAUUUGACUCUGCGGGAAUAAAUGACCAAGAUCAGCUUGAGUUUAGCCAUAGGCAGCUUUCGUCUAUUUCCUUGGGCCAGUCUAUCCAGCCGGAAGACCGUAGCAGGAGACCGGAAGUACAACGUGGCAAGGAGCCGGUUUGCACAUCUCGUGGCAGGGACUCGGAGACCUUGAAUGAUAGAGACCCUGGAGCAAGUUACAGCGGAGAUAAAGGUAGGCCCGGGCCCUCGGGGGAUAGAGAAGGAGAUUUGUUUGGAGCUUUUGAUUUAUUCAGAUCUUAUUUUGACACGAAACUUUCAACAUUAAAACAAGAGCUAACGAGUACAAGUUGCAAACAAAAGGAGAAAGAUAACAUUCCUUAUUUCAAGAAUACCUCCUGCAAAAUUCAGUUUCACGUCAAUACUGACAUUUCAAACAUGUUACACUUUAUCGUGGAUUCUGACAGCCUUGAUUCAAAUAAAGAAAAAGCUAAAAAAGCGCUAAGGAAAAUUAAACAUAGAAACAAACUUAUUCGUUUGGCAGACAAUUCCCCUGGGGGCUGGGCCACAGUCAAAGAAUAUGAAACCCCAGCAUUGGGCUCUGAUAGCGAUGACGAGCGUAAAAUCAAAAGGGCUGAAGCCAAGGCUGUCAGAAAACUUAAAAAGGGUAAUCCUACAAAUGCUGAUUUUCUUUCUUUUUCCCCUGAUCGUAUGGGGCGGAGGCCAGCACCAGCGGCAACCUUUGGAUACCCGGGACGUUCUUCCGGUGCGGGGCCUCACGGCCCAUGGCUACGGGCAUGUGGUAUCUUUUUCGGACCUACAGUCCCUAUCAGGACCAGUAUCAACCCCAGCAACCUUAUUCUAGAACGCCAGAUAAAGUAUCUGCUUCGCACGUGGAAAACGGGGUCACUUCCGGCGCGAGUGCGAGUGGCUAUCCAGAUUUAACCAGUGAGCCAACCGUAAAGUCAAGUCCACAGGAGCAAACUCAGCCACUAAAUGAUGAGUAUUUAUUCAAUAUUUGUAAUCAAUAUCAUUGUUUUGAGUUUGAAUCUGAUUCUCCCAUCAAAACAUCUUUGGUUAAAGGCAGCCUUAAAAACAAUGUACACUAUUGGAAGACUAUUGGCACAAACCCUGAUAUGAUAGAUGUUAUUGAAAACGGCUAUAAAAUUCCUUUCAUUUCAAUGCCGGAAAGAACGUUUUCAAAAAAUAAUCAGUCAGCUCUUUCAAAUAUUGAAUUUGUUAAAGAAUCUAUUGAUGACAUGUUGAAAAACGGUUUUAUAGAACAAACAGAUUUUCCACCUCAUGUAGUCAGUCCUUUAAGUGUUUCUGUAAACAAAUCGGGUAAGAAACGACUUAUUUUAGAUCUCAGAAUAGUAAAUAAAUAUAUUUGGAAGGAAAAGAUGACAUUCGAAGAUUGGAAAGUAGGAGUCGAAUAUUUUGAAAAAGACUCGUAUUGUUACAAAUUUGAUUUGUCUAAAGGUUAUUAUCAUAUCGAUAUAUUCCCAGAACAUAAAACAUUUCUGGGUUUCAGUUUAGAAGGAAAAUACUACUGCUACUCUGUGGUUGCUUUCGGUUUGUCGAGCGCUCCUUUUAUAUUCAGUAAGGCAUUGCGCGAAAUGGUUAAGUUCUGGAGAUUCAACGGUAUCAAAAUUGUUAUGUUUCUUGAUGAUGGGUGGGGGACCAACAAGAGUUGUGAUUUAGCUACACGCGAUGCAAUAUUUGUGAAAGAUAGCCUCAAUCGGGCAGGGCUUAUUAUAAAUGAUGAAAAGUCAGUCUGGUUACCGGUUCAAAAUCUAGAGUGGAUUGGCUUGUUGUGGAAUAGCAUUGACUACUCUAUUAGCAUUCCAGCACGUAGAAUUGAAGAUUUUAAAAUGUUGCUUUUGGAAUUUUUAAAUUCUCUUCAUAUUGUUUCUGCUAGGAGUUUAGCGAAGUGCACCGGGAAAGUAAUUUCUAUGAUGCCGGUUAUUGGCAAUAUUGCACGGCUUAUGACUAGAUUUAUGUACAUUCAAAUUUGUUCAAGGACUAGUUGGGAUUUCCCAUUCAGUUUAGAAAUAGACUGUCCGUGUAUUUCUGAGAUUAGAUUCUGGCUCGAACAUGUAGACAAUUCAAAUUACAGAAAAUUGGGUAAAUGCACUGCUGUAGAUACGCUAGAAGAGUAUUCUGUUGCUAGUAGUUUCGCAUGUGGAGCGCAUAUUGUCAAUAUGCCAGGUUUUGUAUUUCACGACAUGUGGUCAGAAGAUGACAAGGAUAAAAGUUCAACUUUCCGAGAAAUGAAGGCUGUAUUUUUGGCACUGAGAGCGUAUGGACAUUCUUUAGCAAAUCAUAAGGUAAAAUGGUUCUCAGAUUCUCAAGUUUGUGUUCAUGUUAUCAAGGUUGGCAGCCCCAUUUUAGAGUUACAGGAAUUGGCUGUGAGUGUUUAGACUUUGUUUACAAAACAGGAUUGAUCUUGACAUUCAAUGGGUCCCUAGGGAUUUGAACCAGAUUGCUGAUGAUAUCAGUAAAUAUAGGAAUACUGAUGAAUGGGAGGUUACACCUCAGUUUUUCGGGUAUAUGAAUAGGAUAUGGGGACCGUUUACAGUAGACAGAUUUGCUAAUUAUAGUAAUAGGAAAAUACAUAGAUUCAAUUCUAAGUUUCAUGAUAUUGAAACUGAGGCAGUCGAUGCAUUCACACAGAAUUGGGCCAGUGAAAACAAUUGGUUAGUCCCGCCUAUUUAUCUAGUAAAUAGAGCUGUAUUUCAUUUAAUUGCUUGUUCUGCACAUGGAACUUUAGUUGUUCCUAAAUGGCCUAGCGCAGCAUUUUGGCCAACUUUGUUUGAAGCAAACUGCCAGAAGAGAGAUUUUGUAUUGGAGGUUUUGGAGUUUGAUAAAUGGCAAUCAAUAUUUGAUAGCAGGAGUGAAAGCGUAUUUAGUUCUAGACGUUUCUCUAGCAAAGUUCUAGCUAUUCGUCUUUAAUUGCCAGUAUUUUAAUGUAUACGAGACUGCAGAAAUUGGUAUUUUCUGUUACCAUGGCAAUGCGAGAAUUGUUGAGUCUGAGAGUGGGUGCAGCAGUGGUUCCGGACACUUUAGGACUGCUUUUAGCAGCGUGUUUUUCAUUAUGAAAUAUGUAUAAGAACUGUGAAGCCAGUAGUAAUAAUAUACUGGAAGUUAUGUGAGUGUAUCUUUGAUUAAA